CAUCGCCCCCAGCCUCUCCACUUGGAGUUCCCUGGCACGCCCGCUCGGACAUGGCACCUCCCGCGAGAGCCCUCGGCGAGGUAAACGAGCUCGUCGCGAUCAUCCUCGCGUUCCUCGACAACCGCUCGCUCGCACGGGCGGCGUGCGUCUGCAGACGAUGGUCGGAGAUCGCGCUCGGCGUGCUGUGGCGCGAGGUGGAUGACCUCCACCGACUGUUCAGCAUGCUCUGCCCGUUUGCGAAGCCGAUGAAGAAGAUGGGCGAAGGCGGCCGUAUGUUGCAGUCAUUCAAAUUCAAGCGAGAUAUCUAUCAGAAGGAUUGGCAGCGGUUCUCGCGCUACUCGACGCACGUCCGCCGGCUCGUGUUCGACGAGCGGUCCCCGAAGUACCGCACGAAGGUCCUCGACAACUCCGUCUUCUUCAUGUCCACCACACGGAAGAUAGUGAGGGGCGGGAUCCUGCCGAACCUCCAGACCAUCGUCUGGCACGUGCACACCCCCGACACGCAGCUGCAGUCGCUCAGCCUCAUGCACAGGGGCCUGCGCGAGCUCGACGUGCAGAUCCUGCCCCCGGGCAGCUACUCGACGACGGCGAUUGAUUUUGUGUACCAGAUCAGCCAGUGGGCGCCGAACCUCACGCAUCUGACGCUGCGCCGGCGCGGACCCGUGCGCGAGCUCGAGGAGGAUAUCUGCCGGCUCCUGGAGAACUUACUGAAAUUGCAGAAGGUCGACAUCCCGCUGUGUGGCUCGACGAAUAGUAUCAUGGAGGAGCUGUCCCGCCUGGAGGACCUGCGAGAGGUCGCCCUCGCGGGCCCGGACGAGGGCGGCAUGGGCGACCCUAUGGACGUCCUGGGAUUUUCUCCCGAGCUCCAGGAGGACGCUUUUCCUGUCCUCCGGCGAAUGAGCUUCAGUGCCCGUAUACCCGCCGCGACGCGGUUCCUCCAGUCUCCAUUCUUCCCUGAGAGGUUGACCCGCCUUCACGUGCAUGCAGUCGAUGUCGUCGAUCCAGACGUACUGGAGACAUUCUUCUCGACGGUCGCGCGGAACUGUCCUGAGCUGGUCGAACUCACGGUCGACUUCAUUUUAUGUCCAGACGUCUCUCUCGUUGUCCCCGCUCCUCCCAUGGACGCACGUCCGAGCAUCGCGACCUUUCGGCCGCUCUUCGCAUGUAGGCGCAUAACCUCCUUCGAGUUCAGGUGGGACUACGCCCCGUGCCUACAGGACCACGACAUGGAGGAGUUCGCGCUCGCGUGGCCAGGCCUAGAGCACUUCAUGCUCAACAGCUCGGCCGUCAUCGAGUUCACGCCCUCGCCCCUCACGCUGGGUGCUCUCAUCCCUUUCGCAAGGCACUGUCUCCGCCUGCGCCACCUCGGGCUCUACAUCAACGCCGACGCGCGGCCCUCCAGGGCAGUCGAGCAGCCGUUCAGAUCGCUCGAGAAGCUGUCCGUCGGCGCGUCGAACAUCGCCGCCGCGGACUCGGUCGCCCUCUUCCUCAGCCAGCUCUGUACGCCCGUGUGCGAGAUCGUGGCGGGGCUGCGCUGGCCGGACGCGUACGGCCUCGCGCUGGAUAACGCGGGGAUAUUCGACGAGCGCCGCACGAUGAUAUGCGACUCUUGGGUCCGGUGGAACGAGGUGGUGAAGGUCCUCCCCGUGGUCAUCAAGGCGCGCAGAGAAGAGAGGGGCCGUGUUGCUUUCCUCCAGCAUGGAAUCUGAUAUAUUCGUGCCGACACGUUAGAAGUCGCAGUAUACACGCCUACUACCCCUCCAGUCUGACUUUAAUUAACCAUGCUCAGUAUAUGUAGAGUUUCUUUCUAUCUAACCUCAGGACGAAUGUCGUGGAUGUAGGGCUUGUAUUUUCUUAUAUUUAGGAUCUAGCGGUACAGCAUUGACUUCAGGGUUCUACCCCGGAGACGAAGUCAAGGAUAGCCUUGAAAACGUAUACUGUAGUGCCAUCCGACUCUCGGCCCAGCCAUUGAAUAAUUGUAGAAGUCGCGGCCGCCCUUUGUCUAUUACACUAUCGCCGCCGCGAUGACUCGGAACAUGGCCACAUUGGCCGCUUGGACUGAUGCUCCUCCUGGCGAUGGACGAACCCAGGACG